AUGUCUGACGAGAUGAUACAAGCACAGGGUCAAGUGUCUGAUCUCCAAGCAGAAGUAAAGAGGCUUAAGGAGAAAUGUGAAGACAUGGAGGGGCGCAUGCGGAGGGGAAAUAUCAGAGUGUCGGGGGUGAGUGAGGCGCAGGGCUCCAGUACACCAGAGGCGGUCUCCUCUCUCUUGAAAGAAGUAUUUCGACUUGACAGAGAGGUGCGUGUGGAGCGCUCUCAUCGCAUCGGACCGGUGAGUAAUGCUGGGGACAGACCACGCGUCAUCAUUGCCAGGCUCAACAGCGAGGGGGACGCCGAGGACAUCCUGAGGAGAGCGCGCAGCGGAGGUGGUCAGCUCCGGUACAGAGGCAGCCCUAUCACCGUCUUCCCCAACUACACAACCAACGUUGUCCAGGCGCGGGCAGCCUUCACUGAAGUCAGAAGGAUGCUCCGUGAUAAGCCGGGAGUCCGGUACGGAAUCCUCUUUCCUGCUAGGCUCCGGGUCACACACAACAACGUGGAGAAGGAGUUCGUAGAUGCAACUAAAGCCAUGGACUAUGUCAAGAAAAUCAUUCUUUUUCCCCGAGAGGACGGCGAACAGAGACUGAACUGA